AUGUGGACAGUGUGGAAGCUAUCUUUGAUGUGCACUCAUAUUCUUGAAAUCGAGCGGCGUAUGUAUACUCUCGCUCAUUCGAGGUCAUUAUUUUAGUCAGGACGGCAUUUAUUUUAUUAUCAUCUUACAAUAGUUCGAUUGUACUGCCUUGUACAAAAUUUAAAUUAUUUGCUCCGCUGGAAUAUCUGAUACCUCAUUAAGUACGGAAUUAAAAACAAGAAAUGGAUUCAAAUUCUGAAGUUGUGCCGCAGACUGAAGUUGUAGUGACGGAUAUGGCUCCCGAAGAAAACGCCGAACGACUCGUAACAUCUGUAGAAACCAGUCAAAGUGUUAAUAGUUCAAUUGAUGAAAGCAAUGUCGAUUCAAGCUCAGUCGUUAUUGAGAAAGAAUCUGAUCAAGACGCUAAGGUCUCGGACGAAAUUCCCAAAACUACUGUUGCUAUAGUAGAUUUGAUUGUGGUAACGGAUACGGAAACUCCGACUUCGGAAACAGCGGAGAUGGAAAUAGUGGAAACGGAAACAGCGGAAUCGGAAACAGCGGAAACGGAAACAGCGGCAACGGAAACAGCGGCUAUAGCAGUGGUGGAAACUGAGGUUGAAAAUUUAGUUACCACUGAAAUAGAUGCAAGCAGUUUCGCAAAUCAUCAAGAUGUUCCUACAUAUGAAACAUCCAAUAAUGCCAUCGAUUUGGAAACAGAACCUCAAGUCAAUGCCAAAUCACAAGACAAGGAAGUGGAAGAAACUAAAUAUGCGGAAGAAACGGAGUCAGAAGAUGAGACAGAAUCUGUGACAGAAGAAGAUAUCGUCGAAAAUGCUAUCGACUUGCCAGAGAAAUCUGAAGUACCAUCUGAAGUAAUCGAAAGCCAAACUGUUUUGGUUAAAGCAUCUGCAAAUGAAAAGGGCACAGAAUUAAAGGAAAAAUCAAACGAAUUCUCUGAUAUAUCGACUCAAAAAGCUAACGAAGUUGCGGAUGUGAGAUUAUCAAAUGAUCAGAAAAACUUUAACAAUCAAAUUCAGGACAUUAUAUCUGAUAUAGAUAUUAAUAUAAAAACACAAGAAAAAAUUACCAAGCUUAAGGAGCAAGAGCUGAAGCUAAUUCAAAAACAGAACGAACUGACAAACCAGAUUCAGCAGCAGCAGAUUCUGGCUCAGCAGCUGACUGCCCAAAAUCAAUUCAAACAAAAACAGUGGGAACAACAGCAAAUUGAGAAACAAGAGUUCUUAAGCUCAAAAAUAAACCAGCAAGAUGGGUUAUGCUCUACGCAAUCGCAUUUACACACCGCCUACAAUCAAAGUGAUGAUUCGCAUAAUAAAAAAGAAACAACAAAUUUAUCGAAGUCAAUUGAUUUGCGAAAAAUAUUCACACCUGCGACCGAUGCUGUUGAAAUAUUGCCAAAAAAUCGAAAGCUAUAUGCAUCAUCCGCAUUUUAUUCUCCAAACUUACAUCCAACUGUGGAAGACCAGGUUGAGCUAGCCCGAAGAAUAUCCCAUUCAUUGAGUGAUAUCAGUAACCAAACGUCUAAGGGUCAAACAAUGUAUGUCAAUCGCAAGAAACGCUCAGUAAAAUGGGUUCAUGAAGGUAGUGAUAAAGAGGAAGAUUGCACAAGUGAAGUUAAGACGUUUUAUAAAGAAAAUACAGAUGCAAAUUCCAUGCUGGAACUAACAAAGCUGGAAAAAAUACCGCUAAAGCUCAUAAUGAAUCCAAGAGGACAAGUCCGCGAUUAUAACUCGGUCAAAGAAUCGAUUAAUGUUGAAACCGGACUGUUAUCGCCUGACAAUUGCGCUGAACUAAUAACCGCUCUAAAACUUCAUCAGGGAAGAGGUGCCGAACUGUUUGCAAAACGUCGCAGAAAGGCUGAUAAUUGGGUAGUCGAUGAAACAAAUGCAGGGACUCAAAGUCAUCCAUCUGGUCUUCCAGAUUAUCAGCAGUAUCAGCCAAAGCCGGCAACGUCGCCAAACAUUUUGCCGGCGUAUUCUGAUGCUGGAAAACAUCGCGUUCAAUUAAAUAUUCACCAAGAUCAAUUAAUAGAAAAGUAUUCUAAGCCUGGACUUCAGGUUGUUAAAUCGCCUUGGGAGGCCGCAUUACAGACAGGUUCAGCGAGCUCUGCCUUUUUGGAGGAAUCCAAACCUAGAAGUCUCACACCUUCGUCUGUACCAAAGACAUAUUUCCAUAGUGGUGGAAACGAUUUGACAGAUGCAGGGGAACCAGUAUCCUACGGCAUACCAUUGAGUAAUCAGCAGGAAUCAUUUAAAAAGUCUCUAAACCAUCAGCAAUCAUCCAUUUUGCCCACGAACCCACAAAGAGAAUUGGCCUAUAAGCCAAGUGUUGCCCAGGGCUGGGGAGGACGUAAUGUGGAACUACCAAGAGAGUAUUUUGACUUCAAUGAACCGUUGUCAUCUUGGGAGGAAAAUAACAAUGAGCAAUGCAACAACCAAUACAUCAGUGAAGAACAUGACAUACUUAGGGAAAAUGUUCAAAUGGGCCAUGGCCAAAAUCAGUCACUUGAUUUCGAAGUUAAUGUGCAAACCCGAUUGCAUCAACUCGAACAAUUUCAAAAAUAUUUUUUGGAACAGCAACGACUUGAAAUAGAAAUAUUGAAGCGAAGAGACGACUCUCGUUUAUUCCGUUUAACCAAAUUAUAUCACGAACAGUUCAAGCAUGAGAGUCCCAAUGAAGAAAGACUGCAUAAUGAAGAUGUACUACAAACAGGUCGCAGUACCGAUGAAGAAAUAAACGAAAACGUAAAUGUACAAGAUUUAAUAUACUCGUUCGAACAGCAGUCAUUAAGGGAGCACACAGAAUCUGCAAGGCCCAGAAACCAAAACUGUUCGACAUAUCUAUCAAGUGAAGCCACCAAAGCUGACAAUGAAACUGGAGGCUUAUACGUUCCCAAGGAAAUUUCCUUAGCCAGCUAUGCACCCCCACCAAAGAAUUUUACAGAUCAGCAGCCGGCAUAUUCGGGUCACAACAUUUCAAGUAUCAACACAACCUACGAGUCGCAUCGGCCUCUGCCCACAGCCUCUAUUGCAAAUGAAACAUCGGUGGGAACUAGUUGGGGCUUUCCGGUGUCUAAGCCCAUAGCUAGUGGUUUCAGCACAAUACCUCCAAAGCAACAGUUGUCUGCUCCUGCUAGUUACCAGAAAAUACCUCAGACCUCUGCACUAGGAGCGCCGCAGGUCAACUUUAACCCAUCGCCGUUAUCUUAUGAGAAAUUGUCCAAGUUUGAGCAGCCAAAUUUGAGUUACCCGAAUCAAAAUUAUCUAAAUGUUCGGCAAACAUCCCAAGUACGUAAUGCAUCGCCUACACCGUUUGCAUUUGGAUCUAAUGAGGCUCGAUUUUCCGGGUCACAUGCUUCAAGAUCUCCUAGUUCCAUAGCCUCGAUUUCACCGCAACCCCUUCGAUCGCCUUGUAUAUCUACAAGAUAUGGUCAACCAUCUAACAAUGCGGUACCGCGGCUAACCUCCUCAAGCCAAGCUCAGACCUUCAACAAUUGCGCCCGCGGUUGGGGCACGGAACCAGAAAGUCAAUAUAUUUAUCCAGGACCAAACGUUUUACCAGCACCAGGAAAUAUGCCAUAUUCUGAUUUUUAGAUGUGUGCAACUAAUAAAGUAUGCUUCUCAACGAAAAAACCACGAUUUACGAACUAUGUACAUAGUACAUAUAGUGCAUAGUACAUAUAGUGCAUAGUACAUAUAGUUCAUAGUACAUAGAUACUUAUGUGCUCUAUUAAAUACAUAAAUUGCGUUUGUUUAUUUGCGUCUAUAAAAUAAUAAUAAUAAUAAAUCGUUUAUUAAAAC